UACUCCCAGAUGCCCCCAGAUACACCAACCUUUCCUUCUGCAUUUAGAAAAUUUUAAAUGUAAAUGCCCUUCUAGAAGAUCAUAUUCGGCAGACGGUGACAGACGGAGCUGCGGACCCAAUCGGAACCUCUGGCUUAACAGUGAUCAUGUUUCUCCAGUAUUACCUCAGUGAGCAGGGAGAUUGGGUCUAUACGCUGGAGAAAUUUGACCCGAUGGGACAACAGACCUGCUCAGCCCUUCCUGCUCAGUUCUCCCCAGAUGACAAAUACUCCCGACACCGAAUCACCAUCAAGAAACACUUCGAGGUGCUCAUGACCCAGCAACUGCACCCCGUCCUCUGAAGCUCCCUUAAACUGAUGUCUCUUCUGCCACUUGUUACCCCUCAGAGACUCCGUAACCAAACUCUUCCAUCUGUGAGCCCUGAUGCCUUU